UUUUGUGCUAACCGCAUCGAAAGAUACAUAAGCGAGCGCACCUGCCCAAGACUAAGCUUCCGCACCUGCUCCAUCUGGUCUUCUCGGAUCGAUCUGGCCCGCACGCCCACGCCCAUUAGCACCAGCCCUCGACGGAGGGUGACCUCUGGCAGGGCUCCCUCGCGGAUUACUUGAAUAGUCAUCGGCAUCGACGGCGAUUAGACAUCGGAUCCCGUUCUUACCGAGUGCUUAUCGCUCCCGCACUUCCGAACUGAACCGUCAAACCCUAAUAUAGUCUGCAGACGGCCGUCGACGUUCACUUACCGUCACAUCUUCGAUCAGGAUCACACCGCCCUGGACCUCAUCAUAAAGUCGCUCAAGUCCCCGACCAUGGUUUGUGAGGGCACCCACUUCGACGGCAAGAUCCCGCACACGUUCGUCAUCUUUGGGGCGUCGGGCGACCUGGCCAAGAAGAAGAUCUACCCGACGCUGUGGUGGCUAUACCGAGAUGACCUCCUGCCCAAGCCCACAAAGUUCUGCGGCUAUGCGCGUUCCAAGCUGACGAUCGCGACCCUCAAGGAGCAGUGCCUGCCAUACAUGAAGGUCCAGCCGCACGAGCAGAAAAAGUACGAGGAGUUCUGGGCGCUCAAUGAGUACGUCGCCGGCAGCUACGAUGGACGCACUGGGUUCGAGCUGCUCAACCAGCAGCUGGAGCUGAUGGAGAACAAGAACAAGGCGAACCGCAUCUUCUACCUGGCCCUGCCGCCCAGCGUUUUCGAGGAGGUGACGGUCAACAUCAAGCAAAUAUGCAUGUCGUUGUGCGGCUGGAACCGCGUGAUCGUGGAGAAGCCCUUCGGACGGGAUGACGCCUCCUCGCAGGCGCUGAGCGACCACCUGGCUGGUCUGUUCCACGAGGAGCAGCUGUACCGCAUCGACCACUAUCUGGGCAAGGAGAUGGUCCAGAACCUGAUGACCAUACGCUUCGGCAACAAGAUUCUCAGCUCGACGUGGAACCGCGAGAACAUCGCCUCGGUGCUGAUCACAUUCAAGGAGCCCUUCGGCACCCAGGGACGCGGCGGCUACUUCGAUGAGUUCGGCAUCAUCCGUGACGUGAUGCAGAACCAUCUGCUGCAGAUCCUCUCGCUGGUGGCCAUGGAGAAGCCGGUCAGCUGUCAUCCGGACGACAUUCGCGAUGAGAAGGUCAAGGUGCUCAAGAGCAUUCAGGCCCUUACGCUGGACGACAUAGUGCUCGGCCAGUAUCUGGGCAAUCCGCAGGGCACCACCGAUGAUGCGCGUACGGGCUACCUGGAGGAUCCCACGGUUAGCAAUGAUUCGAACACGCCCACCUACGCCCUCGGCGUCCUGAAAAUCAACAACGAGCGCUGGCAGGGCGUGCCCUUCAUCCUGCGCUGCGGCAAAGCUCUGAACGAGCGCAAGGCGGAGGUGCGCAUCCAGUACCAGGACGUACCCGGCGACAUCUUCGAGGGCAGCACGAAACGCAACGAGCUGGUCAUCCGCGUCCAGCCGGGCGAGGCCCUGUACUUCAAGAUGAUGACCAAGAGCCCGGGCAUCACCUUCGACAUCGAGGAGACCGAGCUUGAUCUGACCUACGAGCAUCGGUACAAGGACUCCUACCUCCCGGACGCCUACGAGCGGCUCAUCCUCGACGUCUUCUGCGGCUCCCAGAUGCACUUCGUCCGCUCCGACGAGCUGCGCGAGGCGUGGCGCAUCUUCACACCCAUUCUGCACAAGAUCGAGCGGGAGCGCGUCCGGCCGAUCAACUACCAGUACGGAUCCCGCGGCCCCAAGGAGGCGGACCAGAAGUGCGAGGAGAACAACUUCAAGUACUCCGGCUCCUACAAAUGGCACGGCGGCAAGGUGGCCACCUCCAAUCUCUGAGCGAUCGGACCGCACCUCAAACCUCCAAUCCCUUAGGACUGGCUUCACACAGGAUACUCCCUCCUCUCUCUGUCCUUACGUAUAUGUACAUACAUACAUAAUAUAUAUGUAUUCUUUGGUUAUUUGUAAUCUUCUUUGGUUUGUACAAGAAUUUUUUUAUUAAAUAUACGAACUAGCGUUAAACUGGAAA